AUGAUGAAAUUUUCUAAAGAAAAAUUUCCUCAGCUUGAAAUAGGCUUAACUGUAUGUGUAUUUAUACCAAACGUUGAUAGAGCUCGUGGUUCUAUGCAAAAUAUACUAUCAGUUGUCACUCAAGUUGAACAUGAUUUAUACAAACUCUUAUCUCAUACCUUAUCAAAGACGUUCAGCCAAGAAAACGGUAUUCCACAAGGAUCAUCUCUGGCAGUUACACUUUUUCUCUUGGCCAUCAAUGACAUAGUUGAAACAAUAAAAGCCCCCGUAAAAUCUAAUUUAUUCGCUGACGACUUCAACAUAUUUUGCAGAAGCAAUAACCUAAAAACUGUCCAAGAGUUUCUACAAACAAGUGCUAACAGCCUAACUGAUUGGUCGAAAAAAACUGGCUUCUCAUUCUCUAACCUCAAAUCAAAAAGUAUUAUCUUUACAAAACAAAAAAAAAUAAAAGUUCUCAAUAUAACAUUAGAUAACCUAGUUAUACCUCAUCAUAAUAAAAUUAAAAUUCUAGGAAUAACUUUCGACUCCAAACUAAAUUGGCUACCCCAUCUAAAAAACAUCCGCGACUCAAUAUCUCAAAAACUAAAUAUAAUUAAAAUAAUUGCUCACACAUCAUGGGGUGGUGACAGCUCAUCUCUUUUAAUGAUUUAUAAAGCUUUAAUUCGAUCCAAAACAGACUAUGGUUCUAUACUAUUAAAAAAUGCCAAAACCAACCACUUAAACAUGAUACAAACUAAACUAAAUACUGCUAUAAGAUUAUCAAUCGGGGGAUUCAAAUCCAGCCCAAUUGAGAGUAUUAGAAACAUUGCUAAUGAAAUUUCACCUAACCUUAGAAGAGAAAAACUACUUUUACUAUAUUGUGCCAGAACUAAAAGAAACAUAAAUAACCCAGCCAUCAAAGUAAUAAAUACAUAUAUACAAGAAGCCGAAAAAGAAAACAUAAAAAUAAGCAAUAUUUUAGAAAGAAAACCAUAUAAUUUCCCCCCAUGGAACACAACAUUCAAUGUUAACCUCUCUCUUACUGAAUUUAAAAAAGAAAACACAAUGCCUUUCAUAUAUAAAAACAUGCUCAAAAACAUACUACAAGAGCAUCCAAACAGCGUGCACAUAUAUACUGAUGCAUCCAAAACAAACGAUGGAGUUGGGCUUGCAAUGAUAAUAAACAAUCAAAAAAUAACAUACAAACUUCCACCUCAAGCAUCUAUAUUCACAGCAGAAGCGAUGGCAAUAUACAAAGCCGUAAAAUAUCUCCACACAGAAUAUGCUAACCACCAAACAAAAUUUAUAAUACUUAGCGACUCACUCAGCAACUUAAUCGCCAUCACAAAUACACGUAACCAACCUGAUAUCACAAAGCUCAUCCAAGAAGAAGCCUUCCUAGCAGAAAAAAAAAAUAAACACAUCCAUUUUGUAUGGAUUCCGGGACACAUAGGUAUUCCCGGAAAUGAAAUGGCUGACCAAGAAGCUCACAAUGCAAUCGUCUCUACAUCAACUGUAACCAUAAAUUCCAUCACAUUCUCAGACGCAAAGAACGAAAUUAACCUACACUCAAAUAAUAAAUGGUACUCUCACUGGCAAAAACUUAACACAAAACUCAACAAAAUAAAAAAUAAUAUAAACCUAUGGAAAAAUCCCGACCUCAAUAGAAAAGAAGAAACCAUAAUAAACCGCCUCCGAAUUGGACACACACACUUAACACACAGCCACUUGAUGAGUAAAGAUGAUCCUCCACUAUGCGACUCAUGCAGCGUUCCUUUAACCGUCAACCACAUCAUCACCGAAUGUCACAAAUACAACCAAUAUCGAAACCAAUUCCACAUCUCCGAACAAAUCUGUCAAAUAAACAUCUUAGAAGGGUCGUCAAAAUUGGUAGUUGGUAUUGUUGGUAAGCGUAGUGAACAAGUGGUGAAACCUUCUAGUAUUUUAUGA